AUGGGAAUAUCAAGACGCCCUAAGAACAAGGGCGCCGGGGCAGCCGCCGACGGCGCAAGCGGAGGCGCGAAGCCCAAGAAGGCCACCUUUGAGACAACCAAGAAGAAGGAGAUUGGUGUUUCUGACCUGACCCUCCUGAGCAAAGUUUCCAACGAAGCCAUCAACGAAAACUUGAAGAAGCGGUUCGAAGGGCGCGAGAUCUAUACCUAUAUCGGCCAUGUGUUGGUUUCUGUUAACCCUUUCCGAGACUUGGGUAUCUACACCGACGAAGUUCUCCAGAGCUAUAUGGGCAAGAACCGACUAGAGAUGCCGCCUCACGUCUUUGCCAUUGCUGAGGCCGCAUACUACAACAUGAAGGCAUACAGCGACAACCAGUGUGUCAUUAUUUCAGGAGAGUCCGGUGCCGGCAAGACCGAGGCAGCGAAGCGCAUUAUGCAGUACAUUGCUAGUGUAUCUGGUGGAGAAUCGGGAGACAUCAAGCAGAUCAAGGACAUGGUGCUGGCAACCAACCCUCUACUCGAAUCGUUCGGAAAUGCGAAGACACUACGAAACAACAACUCGUCACGAUUCGGAAAGUACCUACAAAUCUACUUCAACACCCAGGGCGAGCCUGUGGGUGCCGAUAUCACAAACUACCUCCUCGAGAAGUCACGAGUGGUGGGCCAGAUCACAAACGAGCGAAACUUCCAUAUCUUUUACCAAUUCGCCAAGGGUGCAUCGCAACAAUACCGUGAGACAUUUGGUGUUCAGAAGCCUGAGACAUAUGUCUACACUAGCCGGUCAAAAUGCUUAGACGUCGACGGUAUCGACGAUCUUGCCGAGUUCGAAGAUACGCUCAAUGCCAUGAAGGUUAUUGGCCUUACCCAGGCUGAGCAAGAUCAAAUCUUCCGAAUGCUGUCAGCUAUCCUAUGGAUUGGAAACAUCCAGUUCCAAGAGGACCAGGGUGGCUACGCUGAGGUCACAGACAGAUCCGUAGUAGAUUUCGCUGCUUAUCUGAUGGAGGUCACCCCCGAUCAGCUAAUCAAGGGCAUCACAAUCCGAAUCCUGACACCCCGAAACGGCGAGGUCAUCGAAUCACCCGCCAACCCUGCCCAAGCGCAGGCUACUCGAGAUGCCCUGGCUAUGGCCAUCUACAGCAACCUUUUCGACUGGAUCGUAGAGCGUAUCAACAAGUCACUCAAGGCACGACAACCAACUACCAACACAAUCGGUAUCCUGGAUAUUUACGGCUUCGAGAUUUUCGAAAAGAACAGUUUCGAACAACUGUGCAUUAACUACGUCAAUGAGAAGCUACAGCAGAUCUUCAUUCAGCUCACUCUCAAGGCAGAGCAGGAGGAGUACGCCAGGGAGCAGAUUCAAUGGACACCUAUCAAGUAUUUUGAUAACAAGGUUGUUUGUGAUCUUAUCGAACAGAUCCGGCCAGUCGGUAUCUUUUCUGCCAUGAAGGACGCCACCAAGACUGCUCACGCCGACCCCGCUGCUUGCGAUCGCACAUUCAUGCAGAGUAUCAACGGCAUGCAGCACGCCCAUCUUACACCGCGACAAGGAAAUUUCAUUAUCAAGCAUUAUGCUGGUGAUGUCACCUACACCGUUGAGGGUAUUACGGACAAGAACAAGGAUCAGCUUCUGAAGGGUCUACUGGCCCUCUUCCAGCACAGUGGAAACCAGUUUGUGCAUACCUUGUUCCCUCGCCCCGUCGACACAGAUAACCGAAAACAACCCCCUUCUGCAGGCGACCGUAUCCGAGCGUCCGCCAAUGCCCUUGUUGAUACUCUGAUGAAGUGCCAGCCUUCUUACAUCCGUACUAUCAAGCCCAACGAGAACAAGUCACCAACAGAAUACAACGGUCCCAAUGUUCUCCAUCAGAUCAAGUAUCUUGGUCUUCAAGAAAACGUCCGUAUUAGACGAGCAGGUUUCGCAUACCGUCAAGACUUUGACAAGUUUGUUGACCGAUUCUUCCUUCUUUCGCCUGCUACCUCCUAUGCCGGUGAAUUUACUUGGGAAGGAACCACAGAGGCUGCCGUGAAACAGAUCUUAAAGGAUACAAGCAUUCCCAAGGAAGAAUGGCAGAUGGGUGUGACGAAGGCGUUCAUUAAGGCUCCCGAGACAUUGUUUGCUUUGGAGCACAUGCGAGACAGGUAUUGGCAUAACAUGGCCACUCGAAUCCAGCGCAUGUGGAGGGCUUACCUCGCCUACCGGGCCGAGUCCGCUACGCGAAUUCAGCGAUUCUGGCGCAAGAAGCGAACUGGAGCUGAAUAUCUCCAGCUCCGUGACCAUGGCCACCAAGUCCUCGGAGGUCGUAAGGAGAGGCGUCGUAUGAGUCUGUUGGGCUCUCGACGAUUCCUCGGCGACUACCUGGGCGUUAACGCUACCACUGGCCCUGGUGCCCAGAUCCGAAAUUCUGCAGGCAUUGGUUCAAACGAGAAGGCAGUCUUCUCAUGCCGUGGUGAGAUCCUGGAGGCCAAGUUUGGUCGUUCCAGUAAAGCUAGCCCUCGUAUCAUUGUUGUCACCAACAGCAAGUUCUAUGUCAUCGCUCAGAUGCUUGUCAACGGCCAACCUCAAAUCCAAGUAGAGAAGUCCGUUCCUUUGGGAGCUAUCAAGUUUAUUGGUGUCUCAUCGGCUCGCGACGAUUGGUUCUCUCUUGGAAUAGGAUCGCCACAGGAGGCCGACCCCCUGAUGAACUGUAUCUUCAAGACCGAAAUGUUUACCCAUAUGCAGCGAGUGAUGCCAGGUGGCUUCAACCUCAAGAUCGCUGAGACGAUCGAGUAUGCCAAGAAGCCUGGCAAGCUGCAGCAAGUCAAGGUGCUUAAGGACUCCCAAGUUCCUGUUGAUUACUACAAGAGUGGUGCGGUGCACACUCAACCUGGCGAACCACCAAGCUCAGUCUCGAAGCCUACUCCUAAGGGCAAGCCUGUGCCACCUCGUCCUAUCACCCGAGGCAAGUUGAUCAAGCCUGGAGGACCUAACGGUCGACCUUCUCACAUCCAGGCCAAACCCCGCCCAGGAGGAGGUGCACGAGCCGUUCCUCCGCCACCAGCUGCUGUUACCGCAGCUGCUUCUAUCCCAGCUGCCGCUGCUCAAAGCACACCGCGUGCCGCCCCAGCCCCAGCUGCUACACACAACGCUCUCCCGAGCCGAGCUGCCAGCGGCGCCGGACGAGCACCACCACCUCCCCCUCCUCCUGCUGCCCCAGCACGACCACCAAGCCCACCUAAGGUUAUGGCCAAGGUCCUGUAUGACUUUGCCGGCCAACGGGAGAACGAGCUCUCUAUCACUGCGGGUCAGAUUGUCGAGAUUGUGCAGAAGGAGAGUAACGGAUGGUGGCUAGCCAAAAACCCUCAAACUGCACAGCAAGCUUGGGUUCCGGCAGCAUACGUCGAGGAACAGGCCCCUCCAGCGCCUCGAGCUCCUCCUGCUCCUCCACGAUCUAAGCCUACACCACCUGCACCUCCCGCCAAGCGUCCCGCUGCUGGUCGUAAGCCUGCCGAGCUUCAGCAGCGUGACUCCGGCAUGAGUCUGAACACACCCAACGGAUCAGAUAGCCGCAGCAGCACUCCCACGCCCAGCCUGGGUGGCAGUUUGGCUGACGCUCUGCUGGCCAGGAAGAACGCUAUGCAAAAGGAGAAGGAAGAUGACGACGACUGGUAG